UUCCCCUCAGCCUUUCACCGUUUCGCGCUCCUUGGAGAGUUCCGCCUCUUCCCCCGAGCCCGCCACCCAGAGCCUUCCGUGCGCUCAGACCCCGCCUCUUACGGAAGCCGAGGCGGAGGGUCGAAAUCCGGAAGAAAAACAAUCGGGAGAGGGAGCUGGUCGGUGGCACCUGCUGCCCGAGGGGGGCAGAUUGGGCCAGAACAGGCUGCGGCGGGGAGACGCGAGCCGGCCGGGCCACCGCGUGGGGACGAUGGCGGCCAUGAACCCACAGACCGAGCUGAGAGUCAGGACGCUCAGCAUACAUGUCGUGACAUGGAACGUGGCCUCUGCAGCACCCCCUCCAGACCUCAGUGAUCUGCUUCAGCUGAACAACCUGAACCUGAAUCUGGACGUGUAUGUCAUUGGUUUGCAGGAAAUGAACUGUGGGAUCAUGAGCCUCCUUUCUGACACUGCCUUUGAAGACCCAUGGAGCAGUUUCUUCAUGGAUGUGCUUUCCCCUCUGAGCUUCGUCAAGGUCUCCAGUGUCCGCAUGCAGGGGCUCCUCUUACUGAUCUUUGCCAAGUAUCAGCAUUUGCCCUUUAUCCAGAUCCUCUCUACUAAAUCCACCCCCACUGGCCUCUUCGGGUACUGGGGGAACAAAGGGGGCGUCAACAUCUUCCUGAAGUUUUACGGCUACUAUGUCAGCAUCAUCAACUGCCACCUGCCCCCCCACAUGGCCAACAAUGACCAGCGGCUGGAGCACUUUGACCGGAUCCUGGAGAUGCAGAAUUUUGAGGCACAGGAUAUCCCCAACAUCCUGGACCACGACCUCAUUCUCUGGUUUGGAGACAUGAACUUUCGGAUUGAGGACUUUGGGUUGCACUUUGUUCGGGAAUCCAUAAAAAAUCAGUGCUACAGUGACCUGUGGGAGAAGGACCAGCUCAGCAUUGCCAAGAGACACGACCCGCUGCUCCGGGAGUUCCAGGAGGGCCCCCUGCUCUUCCCGCCCACCUACAAGUUUGAUAAGAACUCCAACAACUAUGACACCAGUGAGAAAAAGCGCAAGCCCGCAUGGACUGACCGCAUCCUGUGGAGGCUGAAGCGGCAGCCCCAGGCCGCCAUCCACACCCCGACGCUGUCAGCCCCCCACUUCACCCUGUUUCUGAGGAGCUACGUCAGCCACAUGCUGUACAGCAUCAGUGACCAUAAGCCUGUCACUAGCACCUUUGACUUGGAGCUGAAGCCAUCGGUAUCUGCCCCACUGGUCACCCUGCUGCCCGAGAGCCCGUGCGCCAAGGAGAGCGACAUGCUGAUCAGCUACUCCCUGACCGCAGACUUCCUCAGCAGCCCCUGGGACUGGAUUGGCCUGUACAAGGUGGGGCUGCGCCACAUUAAUGACUACGUGUCGUAUGUCUGGGUCAGGGACAACCAGGUCUCCUUCAGCGACGGGCUGAACCAGGUGUACAUCGACAUUAGUGACAUCCCUGAGACUGAGGAUCAGUUUCUCCUUUUAUACUAUAGCAACAACCUACAUUCUGUGGUGGGGAUAAGCACUCCCUUCAAGAUCCAUCCUCGCUCCUUCUUGGCGGAGGGCCCCCUGGAUGAAGCCCAACCACAGAUCUGAGCCGGGAUAGAGUGAAUCCAGGGCGGAGGCUGGAGCUGGCAGCCAGCUCUGCCUACCAGUGCCAGGAGUGCUGAGGGCCCAGCCCAGCCCCCUGAGGAGGCAGCGGUAUCCUCCACCUCCCAGGGGACCUCUAGCCACACUCCUUUGCUCUCUCCAGUCCAGAUCUCUGGAAUCGGCCCCUUAAAUACAGGUUUUUGUUGCUGAGGUGUGAGUGGAACCAGCUAGUUUGUCAACAGUGAAGAUCUAGACAGUCCACUGGAUGUGGGAAGGACCCUCCGGCCUGCGUCUCAUUUCUUGAUUCCCCCCACACACACUUCCAGUCCCGCCCAAGCAGGCCUGCCAGGCACAUGCCCCAUCUGGCACAGGCCUGCAUUCUUGUCACGCCACCCUGGGCCUUAGGCUGCCUGGGAGGGGGAGAUGCUCCCAUUUGUACAGGCUGCGGAGCCUGGUUGGCCCAUGUAGCACUGGGUUCCAGGAGGCUUGGCGUCUCGUUGCCUGUCCCCCUGAGGGGUGGGCAGAGGACCUGGGAUCCCCGCUUUCAGCAGAAGAAGAUGACUAAGUCGGCAGGAUGGAGGAGCCCUCCACCCAGGCCCUUCUGUAGGGGUUGUGGGCAGGCUGAUGUGUGUCCUUCUGCCAGCAGCACACCCCCCCACCCCCACCCCCAGCUCAAGGAGUCCAACUCAGGAAGUUCCAGGGUCUGAGCAGAGGAUUGGACUCAGGUUCGCUUCUGCUAGUGGAUCAGGCUCCAUGCCCCCAGCCUGCCCUCUUAGGAAGGGCUGGCAGGUGGUAGAGGACCUACGGCCACAGACUUUUCCAGGGCGGUCCUUGCCCCAUCCAGGUCGUCUUCCCCUACCCUCGCCUGCCAUCGCAGGCCAGAAACUUGCCGUUUGUCUAGACCACUCUGGGACCUAGAAGUGGGGCUAGGCGGAGAGAAGAGUCAGAAUCAAGAUGUUCUGGAGAAUCUGGCCCGGGGGUCUUCAGAGGGCAUUCUCCAGCUGCUGUGUGGACAUGGUUCGGCCCCACUCCCACCAUUUGCCUCCAGCUGCCGUUGACUCUACAGCCUCUUUCCGAGGAGAAGACACCUCAGGGAGCCUGCUCUGUGACUAUUAACACCCAGCCUAUGACCUGAGACUGAGGGACACUCCAGUUGCUCUGCAUUCCUACUUCACCCUGGGAGCCAUCAGGAACUGUCCCUCUGGCUUCUAGCAGGCCAUGGCCAUCUGUGUUCUGUGGCUGUUGCAUUGGGGGAUAAUUAGAAACAUGGCUUUU